GUGCAGAUCCUGAACAAGAAGAUUGAUCUGUCCAAAGUGGCUUCCAAGUGCGGGUCGAAGACCAACAUCAAACAUAAGCCAGGCGGAGGCGACGUGAAGAUCGAGAACCAGAAGUUGAACUUCAAGGAGAAGGCCCAAGCUAAGGUGGGCUCUCUGGACAAUGUCGGGCAUGUGCCAGCGGGAGGCACCGUGAAGAUUGAAUCGCACAAGCUGACCUUCCGUGAGAACGCCAAGGCUCGCACGGACCACGGGGCGGAUUUUGCAGUCUGCGCCGGCAGCCCUCCCGCCUCCCCACCACUGAGCACCUCCGUCAGCGAGAGCCUGGGCACCAUCGCCGCCAACGCCGCCGCUGCCGUGUCCUCUUCGCCCCCGCGGCUGCCCUGGCAGGCUCCCCUUGCAGACGAGACCUCUGCCCCACUCUCUCGGCCAGGCUUGUGA